CCUUCCCCAUAUCACCAGAGGCCAGUCUGGACCUCAGGGCUUUGGAGGAACGAGCGCGUAGCAGUGUCCAGGUAGCUGCGGAGGAUGGUGACGGAGCGGCGGGAUCCAGAGUUUGGACCAUCCCCGAAGUGACUGGAAACUGAGGAGGCUCUGAAAACAUUGAUUGAUGUCCCUUUCUGAACACUGCUAAGAAAGAGAAGUGCAUUCUCCAGAUUAUUCAUACAGGUGCAGCAAUGGAUCUUGUCCUGGAUUAUGCAGAUAGUUCUAUUUUGACACCUUACGUUUAUCCAGCAACCUGGCCAGAGGACAAUGCUUUCCGACAGAUCAUCAGCCUCUUUGUUAUAACAAACCUGGGGGCAAUCGUCCUAUAUCUUCUGUUUGCCACUCUCAGCUACUACCUGCUUUUUGAUCACAAGUUAAUGAAGCACCCCCAAUUUUUAGAGAAUCAAGUGCAGCGGGAAAUAAAGCACACCCUCUCAUCUUUGCCUACCAUCAGCGUUCCCACCGUGGCCAUCUUCUUUGCUGAGGUCAGAGGCUACAGCAAACUCUACAGCAGCGUUGAGGAUUCUCCCCAUGGAUGGUUUGACGUGAUUUUCAGCAUGCUUUCAUUUCUGUUCUUCACCGAUAUGUGGAUUUACUGGAUUCAUCGGUUUCUCCACCACAAGCUCCUCUAUAAGCGUUUCCACAAACCCCAUCAUGUAUGGAAGAUCCCAACUCCGUUUGCCAGCCACGCUUUCCACCCCCUGGACGGUUUCAGUCAGAGCAUCCCUUAUCAUGUCUACCCGUUCCUUUUUCCUCUUCACAAAGUGACCUAUUUGGUCCUUUACAUCUUCGUCAAUGUCUGGACAAUCUCCAUUCACGACGGGAACUAUUGCGUUCCCGGUCCGCUGAAAUCCAUCAUCAACGGAUCUGCCCAUCACACGGACCACCACUUGUACUUCAAUUACAAUUACGGCCAGUACUUCACCCUCUGGGAUAGAAUCGGGGGCUCCUACAAAAACCCCUCUUCUUUUGAAGGUCAGGGCCCCCACGCAUAUUUGGAAAAGCUGGCGAACGGCCAGGAGGAUAAGAAACUCCCAGGAGCGAAAAAUAAAUAGCAAGCCCUCCCAACGGAAGGAUGAGGAACCUCUAUGCCUUAUCAACUGCGUAGCUGGAAGUCGACCCCCCCGUCUCCAUCCAUUAGCUUCCAAAAUGGAAAUAUUUGGCACCUAACAUUCCAGGAUGAGAAGACAGAAUAUGUGGAUUCACAGCAGAGCGGUCUCUUGGAUGUUGAGCAAGAGAAUAGCGUCCAUGAAUUUCCCCGUGGCCACUAGAAUGAAUCAGGAAGCGGUCAGGGCUGCUCUGAAGUCCAUCCUUGGCAGAUGUUUGAAAGCAACUUUCAGCAACACCUUGUAAGCUGUUGCUGUGUAGUCUGUCUACGAAUGUCUACUGUUGCACCAGCGUGUUAAAUAAGUGGGUUUGGUUUGAAUUAAUGGAUUCCUUAAUUGUUUCCAUCCUAAAAUACAUAUUGCAAUGCACUUUAGUCCUGUCUUUACAGACUAAUCGGUGGGAGGGAUUUCUGAAGUCCUGAACCGAAGGGGACACCUUCGCAGCA